AUGUAUGUUACUGUCACCUCAAGGCCCGAUCUGUGUAUGGCCGUGAACUAUUUUAGCGGUUUCCAGAGCUGCGCUACCGAUGAGCACUACUCUCACCUGAAACGAGUACUACGAUACAUUCAAGGAACGCUUGAUUUGAAGCUGAUAUACCGUAGAUGCAGUAAUGCAGAGCUAUUGGAAGGAUUCGCCGACGCCGAUUGGGCGGGAGAUGUAGUCGACCGCAAGUCUUUGUCAGGAUACGUGUUCAAGUUAAAUGCGGCAACUGUGUCAUGGUCAACAAGGAAGCAAGUAUCUGUGGCGUUAUCGUCGGCUGAAGCCGAAUAUGCUUCUCUUACUAUGGCAGUCACCGAAGCGAUAUGGUUACGAGUUUUGCUACGUGAUUUGGGACAGCAUGUUGAGGACCCGACUGUAAUACACGAGGACAACCAAGCGUGCAUUCAUGUAGCGGAAAGUGAUAAGCCAACCAGACGAAUGAAGCACGUCGAUGUCCGUUUUCAUUUUGUGAAGAACGAGAUCGAUGCAGGAACUAUUCGUCUGCUGUACAUACCAUCGGAGGAUCAAAUAGCAGACGUCCCAACAAACAAUUUUAACUGA